AGUAUAUUGUUCUAUUUUUAUUGAUUAUAUAAGGAGUUUUGAGUAUCAAAUAUAAAACAACGCAACGUGUAAAUUAUAUUUUAUAUUGAUGACGAUGAAAGUUUUAAUAUUGCUAGCAAUUUUUGUACCAUUUGUCGUAAGCCACGAUGCGAAGUUUACAGAACUACUGUCUCAAGAAAUCUUGGAACAGGUUGAUGUUGAAUUAUUACUAACGCAAAUAGAAACAAUUUAUUUACAUGAAAAAAGCAGUUCUGGAAAUAUAACGGCAGAAUUAAAUGAGUUUUUGGAUAAAGUUUUGGAAAACGUUGGAAAUUACAUUAUAAAUCAUGGAUAUGAUCCAUUCCCAAUACCAGAUACAGUUUUAAAUCUUCCAAUAACAGGAUCCAUUACGUUAAAAAAGGGAUGGUUACGUGAUCUGUCCAUGAUUAAAAGAUACAAAGAUACUGAUGUAAUUUACAGUUCAGCGGAGAAGAAACUUAAAAUGGUAUUUUCACUACAAUUUCAAGAGCUACAGUUUGUUUACAACUACAUUACAAACUACCUUCUGUUAACAAUAAAGGGCGAUGUGGAAGGAAAAAUUGAGAACGUAAUAAUAGAAGCAGCAUUAAAUUUUGAUUUUAACACCUACAAUGCAACUCUUGACAAUUUUGAUAUUAUGAAUACAGGAUCUAUCGACAUUCACUUUUCUGGAAAUGAUUUAAUUGACUGGUUAACCAAUAUGAUGACAGGAGUGGUGACUGCGUUUUUACAUCCACUUAUUUUAUCGAUAAUUCAAAAUGUUUUUAAAGGUACUUUGAGUGAUCUUGUCGAUGCUGUAAAUGAAAUUAUUCACGGAAUAUUACAUCUUAUUUAAGCUUAACCGGUCGUUU